UUACGAACUGAAAGACAUCAAAGUUGAGGUAAAAGAAGAAGAAGAAGAGAUGUUGGUGAGUGGAGAUCAGCAGUCUAUGGAGGAGGAAGGUCCUCUGUGUUCUUCAGGUUCCACCCAGGAACAUCCGAACUCUACAGAGGAUGAUCAGGAUGAAGAAUUGAAGGAGAUCACCAUUAAAGAGGAAGAAGAAGAGAUGUUGGAUGAAGAACUGAAAGAGAUCAAAGUUGAGAUUAAAGAGGAAGAAGAAGAAGAGACGUUGGUGAGUGGAGAUCAGCAGUCUAUGGAGGAGGGGGAGGAGAUGAUUAAACAAGAGGAACCUUCUCUACACGCGGACACAAAUGGACGCUUUGUUCUGAAUUCCUCAGAAGGAGAUCCAAUUUUAUAUCCAGAUUUUAAGUCUGAAGAUGAUGACAUCACACAAUGUUCUCCAGGAGAAGAUCCCAUCAUUCCAACCGCACAUCACAGACCUUCCCAUCUGGAGGGAUCAAUGGAUCCUUCUAAUCCUGAGGAACCUUCUGAUAAAUCCCACACUAUGACAUCAGAUGUCCAUCUAUCCCACACUAUGACAUCAGAUGACCAUCUAUCCCACACUAUGACCUCAGAUGUCCACCUGAGAUCUCACAGUGCCGAUCAUCCACCCAAUCCCGAGGAGUCUUCGUUGGGUGAUGGAGGCCACACAGGAGAGAGUUCAUCCUUGGAUUGCAAAAAAUCUCACCCUAAAAAGGGAGCACAGUGGACAAAUCCCUCCGAUGAACGUCCUUUUUCAUGUUCUGAGUGCGGGAGAAGUUUUUUAAGGAUAGGUCACCUUCAUUCGCACGAGAAAAUCCACACGGGCGAGCGUCCUUUUCCCUGUUCAGAGUGCGGGAAAAGUUUUAUUAGGAUACAGCACCUUCGUACGCACCAGAAAAUUCACACGGGCGAGCGUCCUUUUCCAUGUUCGGAGUGCGGGAAAAGUUUUGCUGACAGAAUAGCGCUUCGUAUACACCAGAGAAGUCACACGGGCGAGCGUCCUUUUUCGUGUACAGAGUGCGGGAAAUGUUUCACUGAGAAAGGAAAGCUUCUCAGACACCACAGAAUUCACACGGGCGAGCGUCCUUAUUCCUGUUUAGAGUGUGGGAAAUGUUUCACUCAGAAAUCCCACCUUGUUUCGCAUCUGAAAUCCCACACGGGCGAGCGUCCUUUCUCAUGUAAAGAGUGCGGGAAAAGUUUUGCUUUGCAUAAAGUCCUUGUUGGACACCGCAGAGUUCAUACCGGUGAGCGCCCCCAUUCAUGUUCAGACUGCGGGAAAUGUUUCGCUCAGAAAGGAAAGCUCGAUGAACACCAGAGGAUUCACACGGGUGAGCGUCCUUUUCCUUGUUCAGAGUGCGGGAAAAGUUUUCUUAGUAAACAGUACCUACAAACACACCAGAGAAGUCACACGGGUGAGCGUCCUUUUCCAUGUUCAGAGUGCGGGAAAAGUUUUACUGACAAAAUGGGGCUUCGUAUACACCAGAGAACUCACACGGGUGAGCGUCCUUUUCCGUGUACAGUGUGCGGGAAACGUUUUAUUGAGAAAAAAAAACUUCUCAGACACUGCAGAAUUCACUCAGGCGAGCGUCCUUAUUCAUGUUCAGAGUGCGGGAAACGUUUUACUCAGAAACACCACCUUGUUUCGCAUCUGAAAUCCCACAGGGGCGAGCGUCCUUUCUCAUGUGCAGAGUGCGGGAAAUGUUUUGCCAGGAAAGGAUCCCUUCUUAAUCACCAGAGAGUUCACACAGGUGAGCGCCCUUUCUCAUGUUCAGUGUGCGGGAAGAGCUUUGCAAACCGAAAGAAUCUAGUUGGACAUCAGAAAAUUCACACCAAAGAAGAAGAAGAAGAGAGGUUGGUGAGUGGAGAUCAGCAGUCUAUGGAGGAGGGAGGUCCUCUGUAUUCCUGGGAUUCCACCCAAGAAGAUUAUAACUGUACAGAGAACGAUCAGGGUGAAGAACUGAAAGUCAUCAAAGUUGAGGUAAAAGAAGAAGAUGAAGAGAGGUUGGUGAGUGAAGAUCCGCAGUCUAUGGAGGAGGGGGAGAUGAUUAAACAAGAGGAACCUUCUCUACAUAUAGACACAAAUGGGCGUUUUGUUCUGAAUUCUUCGGAGGGAGAUCCAAUUUUAUCUCCCGAUAUGAAGGCAGAAGAUGAUGACAUCACACAAUGUUCUCCAGGAGAAGAUCCCAUUAUUCCAACCGCACAUCACAGACCUUCCCAUCUGGAGGGAUCAAUGGAUCCUUCUAAUCCUGAGGAACCUUCUGAUAAAUCCCAUACUAUGACAUCAGAUGUCCAUCUAUCCCACACUAUGACAUCAGAUGUCCAUCUAUCCCACACUAUGACAUCAGAUGUCCAUCUAUCCCACACUAUGACAUCAGCUGACCAUCUAUCCCACACUAUGACAUCAGAUGUCCAUCUAAGUUCUCACAGUGCUGAUCACUCAACCCAUCCACCCAAUCCCGAGGAGUCUUCGUUGGGUGAUGGAGGCCACACAGGAGAACCUUCAUUGUCAACUUCAGAUUGCAAAAAAUCUCACCCUAAAAACAGAGCACGGUGGACAAAUCCCACGGGGGAGCGUCCUUUUUCAUGUUCAGAGUGCGGAAAAUGUUUCACUAGGAUAGGACACCUUCAUCUACAUCAGAAAACUCACACGGGCGAGCGUCCUUUUUCAUGUUCGCAGUGCGGGAAAUGUUUCACUGGCAAAGGAACACUUAACAGACACCAGAGGAUCCACACAGGGGAGCGUCCUUUUUCAUGUUCUGAGUGCGGGAAAUGUUUUAUUCAGAAUUGGGAACUUGUCAUACACCAGAGAAAUCACACGAGCGAGUAUCCUUUUUUAUGUUCGGAGUGCGGGAAAUCUUUCACGUCGCAAAAAGUCCUUGUUAGACACCGCAGAGUUCAUACCCGUGAGCGCCCCUAUUCGUGUUCAGAGUGCGGGAAAUGUUUCACUCAGAAAGGAGAGCUCGAUGAACACCAGAGAAGACACACAGGCGAGCGUCCUUUUUCGUGCUCCGAGUGCGGGAAAAGUUUUCUUAGGAUACAGCACCUUCAUACGCACCAGAGAGGUCACACGGGCGAGCGUCCUUUUCCAUGUUCAGAGUGCGGGAAAAGUUUUGCUGACAGAAUAUUGCUUCGUAUACACCAGAGAAGUCACACGGGCGAGCGUCCUUUUUUGUGUACGGAGUGUGGGAAAUGUUUCACGGAGAAAGGAAAACUUCACAGACACCACAGAAUUCACACGGGCGAGCGUCCUUAUUCGUGUUCGGAGUGCGGAAAUAGUUUUACUCAGAAACAGCACCUUGUUUCGCAUCUGAAACACCACAAGGGCGAGCGUCCUUUCUCAUGUACAGAGUGCGGGAAAUGUUUCGCCAGGAAAGGAUCCCUUGUUAAACACCAGAAAAUACACUCAAGCGAGCGCCCUUUCUCAUGUUCCGAGUGCGGGAAAUGUUUCGGCUUGAAAGAGGUCCUUCUUAAACACCAGAGAGUUCACACAGGUGAGCGUCCUUUCUCAUGUUUAGAGUGCGGGAAAAGCUUUGCAAACCAAAUGAAUCUAAUCAGACAUCAGAAAAGUCACACCAAAUGAUUGCUCUUUACCAGGGGUUUCCAAACCUUCUAAGCAAAGGAGGAAGAGAGAAAAGAUCCCUGGUGGUGCACAUCCACGGGGUCCUAUUGUAUUAUGAAAGAGACAACCUCAGCACGGGUUCCCACCAGGCCACGCCCCCGACGUGUUUCACUCCGCCUCCUCAGAGUUUAGUCAUGGGGAUCCAAGGGGCCAGUUUCCUGUCCUUCAGGCUGUAGGAACUGUGACCAAUGAGAGUAGAAAAUGCUCCAACCAGGCCACACCCCCCAACGUAUUUCACUCCUCCUCCUCAGAGCUUAGUCAUGGGGAUCCAAGGGGCCAGUUUCCUGUCUUUCAGGCUUUGGGGGGGCCUGAUUGUGACCAGUGAGACUAGAAAAUGCUACAACCAGACCACACCCCCAACGUGUUUCACUCCACCUCCUCAGAGCCUAGUCAUGGGGAUCCAAGGGGCCAGUUUCCUGUCUUUCAGGCUUUGGGGGGGCCUGAUUGUGACCAGUGAGACUAGAAAAUGCUACAACCAGACCACACCCCCAACGUGUUUCACUCCACCUCCUCAGAGCCUAGUCAUGGGGAUCCAAGGGGCCAGUUUCCUGUCCUUCAGGCUUUGGGGGGGCCGGAUUGUGACCAGUGAGAGUAGAAAAUGCUACAAUCAGGCCACACCCCCAACAUGUUUCACCCCGCCUCCUCAGGGCUUAGUCAUGGGGAUCCAAUGGGACAGUUUUCUGUCCUUGAGGCUUUGUGAACUGUGACCAAUAAUGAGUAGAAAAUGCUACAACCAAGCCACGCCCCCAACAUGUUUCACUCCGCCUCCUCAGAGCUUAGUCAUGGGGAUCCAAGGGGCCAGUUUCCUGUCCUUCAUCAUUGGUUUUCAUGGGAUGCAUAGUGCCCUAUUUAUGGUGUCAUUGGGUGGAAUAGUGCCCCAAGGGCCAGAUAAAGGCAAGCAAAGGGCCACAGAUUUGAGACCACUGCUCUUGACAGCUGUAUGGUGGCAUUUAACAGGAGAAGACGUUCAUUAUAUAGGACACGUGUGGUAUGGAGUCCCGCUAACAGAAGCCGAUAUUGGGAUUUUUCUUUACCAAAAAUAUGUAGCAGAAUACAUAUUGCCCUAAACUGAUGAAGAAAUUCGAUUUUUUUUUUUUU